AUGCAUCCUGCUUACACCACGAACAGAAACUGGGAUCAUUCCGUUGGUGCAUUUGCCCCUUCCGAUAAAAGCCAUCGUCGUGGCAUUUUAACAGAGGACAACGAUGCUUUGGCGAGCGAACUCUGCAUCAAGGUUGAUAUGUUACGCGAGCUUUCCACAAAUAUUGGGGCAGAGGUGCGCCAACAGAAUGCCUUCCUUGACGGCACAUUAUCAGAUAUGUUUGCUCGUUCAGAAGGAAUGCUCCGAUCCGCUAUGCGCAAGGUUGGCCUAAUCAAAAGGAGUGAAGGUUUCGGCGCCUGCAGUCUCUACUGUCAGCUACUGCUCUUCGCAUUCCUUUUCUUCUUUUUAUGUUGGAUUCUUCUCAAGUUCGCUGGCUGA